AAAGCAAAAUACAUAAUGGAGAUGUCAGACAGCUCCCACCAUUCUCUUCGCAUUAAACCUGUUCAAAGAACGAACAGAAUCUCGUGUUUGAACGGGAAACUCAUGCGCCUCCUUUCCCUCAGCAUCUCUCCCCCGCCACCUCCCUCAGCCUCUCUCCCCUCUGCCCUUCCCGCUCCUCCAGGACGAGGCUUUCUGCCCGGGGGCCCGCGCCCUGCCUCGCCUCUCUCAAACCUCGGGCUGCGGGCUCCAGCGAGGGGCUGCGGGGGCUGGGCUGGCGCUAUGGAGCCGGCCGGGGGCUGCGGGGCCGGGCCAGGCCAAUGUGGGCCGGCGCUGCGGAGCCGCCCGCUCCCGCUCCACCCCGCCCCACCUCCGCGCCGCCAGCCCGCACCGUUGAGGGGCAGCGGCGGGAGCGGCGCCACAGGGAUGCGGCGCGGAGCGGGACCGGGGCCGCGGCGACGAUGGCUGCUGCUGGCAGCCCUGCUAGGGGCUCUGGGCUGCGCCGCGGCGGCUGUGGCGGGGGGCGGCGGCCGGCGGCGGGCGGCCAGCCUGGGCGAGAUGCUACGGGAGGUGGAGGCGCUUAUGGAGGAUACGCAGCACAAGCUGCGCAACGCGGUGCAGGAGAUGGAAGCUGAAGAGGAAGGGGCAAAAAAACUGUCAGAGGUAAACUUCGAAAACUUACCUCCUAACUACCAUAAUGAGUCCAACAUGGAAACCAGAAUUGGUAAUAAAACUGUUCAGACUCAUCAAGAAAUUGAUAAGGUUACAGAUAACAAAACUGGAUCAACAGUUUUUUCUGAGACAGUUAUUACAUCUAUCAAAGAUGGAGAAAACAAAAGAAAUCAUGAGUGUAUCAUUGACGAAGACUGUGAAACGGGGAAAUAUUGCCAGUUCUCCACCUUUGAAUACAAAUGUCAGCUCUGUAAAACCCAGCAUACACACUGCUCACGGGAUGUUGAAUGCUGUGGAGACCAGCUUUGCGUUUGGGGCGAGUGCAGGAAAGCCACUUCAAAAGGAGAGAACGGCACCAUUUGUGAGAACCAACAUGACUGCAACCCUGGAAUGUGCUGUGCUUUCCAGAAAGAACUCCUGUUUCCUGUGUGCACUCCAUUACCUGAAGAAGGCGAACCCUGCCAUGAUCCUUCAAACAGACUCCUCAACCUUAUCACUUGGGAACUGGAACCUGAUGGCGUAAUGGAGCGAUGCCCAUGUGCAAGCGGCUUGAUCUGCCAGCCUCAGAGCCACAGCACUACAUCUGUAUGUGAGCUGUCUGCCAACGAAACCAGGAAUAAUGAAAAAGAAGAUCCCUUAAUCAUGGAGGAGAUGCCAUUUCUCAGCUUGAUACCCAGAGAUAUUCUUUCUGAUUAUGAAGAAAGCAGUGUCAUUCAGGAAGUGCGUAAAGAAUUAGAAAGUCUGGAGGACCAAGCAGGUUUGAAGCCUGAGCCUGACUCAGCUCAUGACCUGUUUUUGGGAGAUGAAAUUUAAAGUCCAAACACCAGACAGUUUAGUUAUUUCUAGAAAUUUUUGUCUAGUGUCUCGCUUAUAUAAACCCUAAACACAUACUGCUGGAUAGAAGUGCAAUAAAGAAUGUCUUCAAUGAG